AUGGCUGACCCGAGACCCAACCCCACCUCGGAUCUCAACUGGAGUGACUACAGAGGUGCAAUCCACCAGAUCUUCGCUGCAAAUGCCGCCAAACACCCUGAGAGGACCUGUGUCGUAGAGACUGCUUCUUCUAACUCACCCAAGAGGGAAUUUACAUACCAACACAUCAACGAAUCUAGUAAUGUCCUCGCACACCACCUCGUUUCGAGCGGCGUGCAACGAGGCGAAGUUGUCAUGGUUUACGCUCACCGUGGUGUUGACUUGGUUGUUGCUGUCAUGGGUGUACUCAAGGCUGGUGCAACUUUCUCUGUCAUUGACCCGCUAUACCCUGCAGACCGUCAAAUCAUCUAUCUUGAUGUUGCCAAGCCUCGUGCUCUCGUUGUCAUCGAGAAGGCUUCCCAAGAAGCUGGCAAGCUCUCCGACACCGUUCGCGAGUAUAUUCAAGAUAAUUUGAGACUGAGAACAGAGGUUCCAGGCUUGCAGCUGCAAGAUGAUGGUUCUGUUAUUGGUGGCAAGGUCGACGGUCGUGAUUGCCUGGAGUCUCAGCAACAGUCUCGUGCCGAGCUUCCCAACGUCGUUGUCGGUCCUGACUCUACUCCCACAUUGUCCUUCACAUCUGGAUCAGAAGGUAGACCCAAGGGUGUCAAGGGUCGUCACUUCUCUCUGGCAUACUACUUCCCCUGGAUGCAAGAACGCUUUGGACUCUCUGAGAAGGACCAUUUCUCCAUGCUCAGUGGUAUUGCUCACGAUCCUAUCCAGCGCGAUAUUUUCACUCCUCUGUUCUUGGGUGCCCGUCUUAUCGUACCUCCUGCCGAGGACAUCACAUUCGACAGACUGGCCAAGUGGGCCAGCGAUAACGAGAUCAGCGUUACCCAUCUUACACCAGCCAUGGGUCAGAUUCUUCUCGGCAGCUUGGAGCCCAAGGUCAACUCGUUGCACUCUGCUUUCUUUGUCGGUGACAUACUUUUGAAGAGAGACUGCCGCAGAUUGCAAGAUCUUGCUCCCAACGUUCGCAUCAAGAACAUGUAUGGUACCACCGAGACGCAGAGAGCUGUCAGUUUCUACGAGAUCCCCAGCAAAUCUGAAGACGCUUCAUAUCUUGACAAGAUGGGCGAUGUUAUUCCUGCUGGUAAGGGCAUGCUCGACGUUCAGCUUCUUGUUGUCGACCGCGCCAACAGAGACCGUAUCUGUGAGGUCGGUGAAAUUGGUGAGAUUUACGUUAGAGCUGGCGGUCUGGCAGAAGGCUACCUUGGUCCUGAACUCAAGGAGCUCACAAACUCCAAGUUCGUCCAGAACUGGUUCGUUGACAACGAAAAGUGGGUUAAGGAAGACCAGGAGAAGGCUUCCAAGGCCGGAAAGGAUGAACCUUGGAGAGAGUUCUACAAGGGCCCUAGAGACAGACUUUACCGCUCUGGUGAUCUCGGAAGAUACACUGCCGAUGGUAACGUCGAGUGUACUGGAAGAGCAGACGACCAAGUCAAGAUUCGUGGCUUCCGUAUCGAGCUUGGAGAGAUCGACACACAUCUCUCGCAACACCCUCUCAUCAGAGAGAAUGUCACUCUCGUCAAGCGUGAUCACGAGGAGGAGCAGAUCCUUGUCAGCUACUACGUCCCCGACUUUAGCAAGUGGUCGGCCUGGAAGCAAGAGAAGGGUGAGGCUGAGACCAACGUCGCAGAUGACUUGAGCAUCCCGGAGAGACUGAAGAUGUUCAACACUUUAACCAACGACGUGAGAGAGCACUUGAAGAAGAAGUUGGCUUCAUAUGCUGUGCCCACUCUUUUCAUUCCUAUGGUCAGACUACCCUUGACCCCCAACGGCAAGGUAGACAAGAGAGCUCUUCCCUUCCCGGAGAAGUCAGAGCUGCUUGCCGCAUCUUCGAGCCAGCCUAUUCCAGACGCUGCUACUCGUUCAGAGACCGAGAAGGCGCUUGCAGAGAUCUGGGCUCUCUACCUCCGCAGCUAUGCAGCUGACAGCAUUCCUUCAAAUGUUCCCUUCUUCGAUCUUGGUGGUAACAGUAUCGCCGCUGUUCAAAUCCCCUCUCAGAUCCGUAAGAAGUGGCCCGAUGUCAAUGUUCCUGUCAGCGCUAUUUCCAAGAACCCUACUUUGUCACAACUGGCCGGAGACAUCGACCGCUCGUUGAACCCUGUUGGUCUUCGUCUUGAUGCACAAGCACCUGAGACAGACGACCAGGAAGAGUUCUACUCGAACACACUGCCUGAGCUCGUCAAAGAGAUUCCUGCAAAGAUCCAGUCCGCAAGCAGAGAAUCUGCUAAGCAGCAGACAGUCUUCCUCACAGGAGCAACUGGUUUCCUCGGCUCUUACAUCCUUCGUGACUUGCUCUCUUCCGGCAACAAGGUCAUCGCACACGUUCGCGCCAAGUCGACGGAAGACGCCUCAAAGCGUGUCAAGUCAACAUGCCAAGCUUACGGCAUCUGGUCAGAGUCUUGGGCAUCCAACCUUGAGUGUGUGACCGGUGAUUUGCAGGAGCAGCCUCUGCUCGGUAUGCAACAAGACGUGUACGACCGCGUCGCCAAUGAGGCUGAUGUAGUCAUCCACAAUGGCGCUAUUGUUCACUGGCUUAAGCCUUUCUCGUCUCUCAAGUCUGCCAACGUCUUGAGUACUAUUUCGGCAAUCAAGCUGUGUGCUACUGGUAAGACCAAGAAGAUGGCCUUUGUCAGUUCCACCAGCGCACUUGACUCUGAUCACUACGUCGAGCUUUCCAAGAACCUCAUCGCUUCCGGCGCCGCUGGUGUCAGCGAGUCUGACGAUAUGGAGGGAAGUAGACAGGGUCUGACCACUGGCUAUGGACAAGGCAAGUGGGUGUCUGAGCGUCUGAUGGAAGAGGCUGGAAGAAGAGGUCUUGUUGGUUCGAUCAUUCGUGCCGGCUACGUUUUGGGUGACCCCAAGACUGGCACUACCAACACUGAUGACUUCCUCAUCCGUAUGCUCAAGGGUUGCGUACAGGUCGGCGCAAGACCUGACAUCACCAACACCAUCAACAUGGUUCCCGUCGACCACGUCGCCAGACUUGUCAUUGCCACAGCGCUCAACCAGCCCGUUGCUCCUAUGGUUGUCUGCCACGUCACCGGUCACCCCAGACUGACUUUCAACCAAUACCUCGCCGCUCUUGAAGCCUUCGGCUACGAAGCCCCCAAGGUCGACUUCCCCAAGUGGAGAGACGCCGUCGAGAGUUUCGUCGAGCAAGGCAAGGAAGAGCACGCCCUUCUCGGUCUGUACCACAUGGUCACCGGUGACCUUCCCGGCAGCACCAAGGCACCCGAGCUUGACGACAGAAACUCUGCCGCUGCACUCAAGGCCGAUGCCGCUAGAUCUGGCCAGGACUUCUCGGCUGGCAGCGCCGUGACCGAGGACAUUGUUGGACAGUAUCUGUCUUUCCUCAUUGCUAGAGGAUUUAUGCCCAAGCCCACUAAGAAGGGCAACAAGACUCUUCCUGAAUCUAAGAUCACUCAGGAGCAGAUUGAGGCUCUGGAUCGUGUCGGUGGACGUGGAGGUGCUGCGUAG